CAUUUAUUUUUUACUUUGAUUUCUAGAUUUUAUUUUUAAGCAUGAUGUACCAGCUGUAGAGGUUAUGUAUCGUGAAGUAAAAGAUCAGUUUAUAAAUGGCAAGUCAUCAUCUGCGUUGAAAGGAGCAAUCUUGUUUGCUUUCAAGAACUAAUAUCAUGCACAUAAAUGAACAAAUAAAUUACGAAAAUCCCCGAUUUAAGCGUUCAGAUAUUCAUUAUUUGCUGUUGCUGACAUUAAUAUUGGUUGUGAAUAAAAAAUUUGAAUUGCGAAAGAAAGCAUGGUUUCUCAAACUGCAGGUAGCGACCCUGACCUGCAAAAAUGGAAGCAUCAUGGAAGUGAUCAAAGUGGAACCAGGUGUAGCCAGUGAGGUUUACUCACCAUCCCCAGUGAGUGAUGAUCGGUUGAUGUGCAUAGAGGAUGAAGAACAAGAAAUUAAGCCUGACAUAGAUCUAAUAAAAAUGGAACCUCAUUCAGAUUCAGAGGCUAGUCUCAUGUAUUCGCCAAAUGAAGAUGACCAUGAUAUAAAAAAGGAAGAAUGCCCUUUACCAGCAGCAUUCUGUGAUAUGAGGGAGAUGUUUUGUUAUGGUGCCAGCAUAAAGGAAGAACUGAAGGAUGAUGAAAGAACAGAAAAACCUCAAAUAUACAUGUACAGCAUGGAGUUGCUGAACAGUGAACAAGAUUUUCUUGGUGAAGGUGCUUCACGGCUUGACGUGUAUGGACGUAACAACAAGGAUCAUGGGAGAGAAACUGACAUAUGUAGUGAAAAUGACAGUUUAAUCAAUAAUAACAGUGAAAUGAGCUUUAAGAGAAAGUUAAGAAAGAAUUCUUAUAGUGUUCUAGAUUUAAAACGUUAUAGGUGUGAAAUCUGUGGUAAAUACUUUGCAAUGAGGUGUGACCUCAAAAAGCACAGUAGAAUACAUUCAGGACAGAAACCUUUUAGAUGCAAAAUAUGUUUUAAGGGCUUUACACACAAUGGUAAUCUUUUGGCCCAUGGGCGUACCCAUACAGGAGAGAAACCGUACAAUUGUGAUGUAUGUAAUAAGAAUUUCUCACAAAGAGGGAGUUUGAAGAAUCAUUAUCGAACUCAUACCGGUGAAAAACCUUAUAUGUGCCAUAUUUGCAAUAAGAAAUUCACAGAAAGAGGUUCCUUAAGAGUCCAUAAUCGUACCCAUACGGGUGAGAAACCUUUCAGUUGUGAUAUUUGUAAUAGGCAUUUCUCACAAAAAGAAAAUUUGAAAAAUCACUAUUUUCGUAUCCAUAUUGGAGAGAGGCCUUAUCCUUGUGAUAUAUGUAAUAAAAGGUUUGCAAGAAGGGACAAUCUGAAGAACCAUUAUCGUAUCCAUACAGGAGAUAAACCAUAUAAAUGUGACGUAUGCGGUAAGAAUUUUUCAAAAAGUGACCAUCUUAAAAUACAUUAUAGAAGUCAUACUGGUAAGAAACCAUAUGCUUGUGACAUAUGCAACAAGACCUUCACAGAAGGGUCUAGAUUAAAGAAACAUUAUCGUAUUCACACAGGAGAGCGGCCUUAUAAGUGUAGUGAAUGUAAUAAAGAGUUUGCAGAACGUGGGAAUCUCCGAAGACAUUCUCGGGCGCAUUCACGAGUCAUGUCUAAAGCCCGUAGAGUGUAUGAGGAAAUUCCUGAUUUUAAACCCACUGUAGAAUAUUGUACUUAUGUAUCUGAAGCUCAAUUUAGACAGUAAAGUUUGAGAUUUGAUGUUUU